AUGAAUAACCAAGAUAAAGUGCAAAAGCCAAAUAAGCCAGCCGCCAACUCACUAAAACAGGUCGAGAAGAAGAAACGUGAGGUAUUCAAGGCAGUUUUGGCUAGUCCGUAUUCUCGCCGUAGCCUGUGGCCGGCUGUGGGUGCCAAAUUACAGAACGAUCUGGUCGAUCUACUGUGUUCGAUGCUCGAGCAGAUAGGCACUUUCAACAAGCUUUCGCAGGCGGAGAAAAAAUCCUCUGGACUGGAGAAGCCCUCUAUUAGCGAGUAUGUCAUUUAUGGGUUCAAUAGUUGCAUGAAAGCUCUUGAAGAGCAGUCAAAAAAGAUCCAGUCUAUGAAACUAGUCUUAAACAGCGACCACACUCUUAGAUAUCUCUUUGUGUGCAAGCUGGAUAUGACGACACCGCUACUUUUCCAGCACUUCCCUAUUUUGAGCGCAUAUGCGAAUGUGAAGUUGAUUCAACUACCAAAAAAUACACACCAGAAAUUACAGAAAGUCCUAGGUCUGAAAAAACCAACAGAGGUGUUGGUUUUGGCCAAAGGAGCUGCAAAAAUGUACCCAUUGCUUGCUGAGCUUGCUGAGGGCGUGGAGGACGUGGACAUCGAGUUUCUUCGAAGCGGGCCCUUUGAGGCAAAAAUAAAACACAUAUUGACGCAACAAACAGUUAAAAAAUAG